GUUAGUCUAAAAUUAGCUAAUUUAGAGAAUUAUUGAUAUAUUUUUUGUAUGUUUACCUAAGCCUUUUUAACUCUAAAACAAAAUGCUGGGUUGUUUCAACCCAGAUUUGGGUCAAAAAGUUGGCUUAAAAAUUUAAUUAAAAAAAAUGUAAACCAAUGGUUGGGUUUGUCCAUAUUUGACCCAAAUUUGAGUUGAAUCAACCAAGCCUUUUUUAUUUAUCAUGCUGUUAUUUGGUUAGUAAAUCACGCAUUUAGAAAGCCAAUUCGGCCGCAUGUUAUAGUUUUUCUGACAGCUAGAUUGUGCCAGAGCAUUACUAUUAAAAGAGCAAUUAUAUAGCGGUCUACAAAAUUUGGUUUUUGGUUCUUACUACCAAUUUAACAUGUUUUAACGGGUUUCCCUUUACACAUUUAUAUACAUUUUUCAUAACUUGUUUGUUUCCUUGAUGUUUUAAUUCCAUUAUAGAAAACUGGCAGUGCACUUUGCAUACUGAAAACCAUUGUAAUUAUUACAGUUAUAUUAUUAUUACUUAUAUACAGCUUAUAGAAAUUUUGGGUUUCUUGCUAAUAGGAAAUGCUAUUAUUUAUGGUUAUGGAUUGAAGUAAAUUAGGUCUUUUUUAUUCGAUGUUUAAGUAAAUCUCAAAGACAACUACACAACCUGAUACAUUCUAUGCAGUUAUAUUGGGGGCUUCUUGAUGGCAAAGCACCUUUGAGCCAUCAAAUAGAUCCACAGGUGCAAGAAAACAGAGUGGUAGUCAUUCAUUAUUUACACAAGCAUUUACAGCCUCGAUGUAGCAAGGCAUUCAAAUAGACUUGCACAGCUUAUAUUACAGAUUGUGUCUUCGGUUUAGCUCAUAUACUCAUCAACUCUGAACCUGCCUGUACUACAUUAAUCUCUGAUGAAGCUUUGCACCACACAGACCCUCAGAUUCCUUAGUCACAUGAUCAAGAACUCACACUAAUCAAUAUGUGGGAGAGAGAAUGAGAUGGGGAGAUAUUCAAGCUGUACCUUAAUUCCAUCCUGACAAAUCCAGUUCCUCCCCCAGCCCUGUAAUAAUACCCGACACAUCACCAUGAUUGUGUCGCGACUCGUGUCCACGUGACCUGCUUCAGGUCAGGCUGGCUGGCGCACUUGGUCUGACAGAGAGAGUUGGGUAGGUUUGGCUGUUUGAGCUCCAGUUGGAUAAGGUAUGAGAUAAAGCAGCAUUUACAGAGACAUAAAGGACAACGGUCGGAUCAGAUAUGCCACGGCAGUUCCCGAAGAUUGCUCUGAGUGAUGUGGAUGAGGAAGUUCGUCUGCUGGCGGAGAAGGUAUAUGCCUCGGCACUAAAGGAAGAGGAUACAAAAGAUGUCCUGUCCAUGUACACUGUCCCUGAGGACUGUCCCAUUGGCCUGCAGGAAGCCAAACAGAGGGAGCUGCUCAGAGAACUGGCUGAGCAACAGUCAGAAGAAAGUGCCAAACGGAAGAAGAGUUUUAAGAUUAUUCGAUCUCAGUCUAUGUCACUGCAAAUCCCAUUAAGUACGGAGACUGUCCGGGGUGUGGUGACCCCCCUCAUUUCCCCUUCCUCUACCUGCUCCUCCAUCUCACAAAAUUUCCCGGAGUAUCAAAGAGUCAUCAUUAGCGGAGACUACUGUGCUGGGAUUACAGUUGAGGAUUAUGAGCAAGCAGCUAAAAGUCUGCUGAAAGCUCUCUUUAUUCGAGAGAAAUACUCAAAACUGGCAUAUCACCGGUUCCCACGGACCACUGCACAGUUCCUACGUAUCGCAGCAAAUGAAAGGUGGACAGAAGAAGAUGAAACCCUUCCAGAUAUCUGUCCCUGCCCUGGUGAGGGAGAGGACCCUUACAGUAUGGAGAAUAUUCCAGAGAACCUCAAUUAUCAGAUGAAGAUGAAAGAUGGCAUUAUUUAUGUUUAUGAAAACAAUGAAGCUCUGAGUAUGAACAAACCACGCUGUCUGCCUUAUCCAGACCUGGAAACAUUUGCCAUUGACAUGAGUCAUGUGCUCGCCAUGAUCGCUGAUGGGCCUACUAAGACCUACUGCCAUAGACGACUAAACUUCCUUGAGUCAAAAUUUUACCUACAUGAAAUGCUCAACGAAAUGGCUGAACUAAAAGAACUCAAGGGUGUUCCUCAUAGAGAUUUCUACAAUGUCAGAAAGGUAGACACGCAUAUUCAUGCAGCAGCAUGUAUGAGCCAGAAACACCUGCUUGAUUUCAUCCAAACCACCAAUAAAACUGAUGCAGACAGAGUCGUCCUGGAGAAGGCAGGGCUUAAACUAACUCUCAAACAGGUGUUUGAGAAUCUGAACAUGGACCCUUAUGAUCUUACUGUAGACUCCUUAGAUGUUCAUGCCGGCAGACAAACCUUUCAUCGCUUUGACAAAUUCAACUCCAAGUACAAUCCAGUAGGAGCAAGUGAGCUAAGGGAAAUCUACUUGAAGACUGACAAUUACAUCAAAGGAGAGUAUUUCGCCCGCUUGGUCAAGGAAGUAGCCCAUGAUCUGGAGGAGAGCAAAUAUCAGCAUGCCGAACCUCGACUGUCCAUCUAUGGUCGUUCCCCUGAGGAAUGGGAAAGUCUUUCCCAUUGGUUUAUUCAGCACAAAGUGUACUCUCCAAACAUGCGCUGGAUCAUUCAGGUGCCCAGAAUAUAUGACAUUUUCAAGUCACGUAAGUUAAUUCCUAAUUUUGCCAAGAUGCUUGAGAACAUUUUCCUUCCUCUAUUUGAGGCUACAGUGAAUCCUCAGGACCACAAAGAGCUCCAUGUAUUUCUAAAAUAUGUGACUGGCUUUGACAGUGUGGAUGAUGAAUCCAAGCAUAGCGAUCACAUGUUCUCUUAUAAGAGCCCCAAGCCUGAGCAAUGGACAACAGAUGACAAUCCACCCUACAGCUACUACCUCUUCCACAUGUAUGCCAACAUCAUGGUCCUCAACAACCUCAGGAAGGAACGUGGUCUUAGUACCUUUCAGUUCCGUCCACACUGUGGAGAAGCUGGUUCUAUCACCCACCUGGUUUCAGCUUUCCUCACUGCAGACAACAUCUCUCAUGGCUUAAACCUGAAAAAGAGUCCUGUGCUGCAGUACCUGUAUUAUCUUGCCCAAGUGCCCAUUGCUAUGUCCCCUCUGAGUAACAACAGUCUGUUCCUGGAAUACUCCAAGAACCCACUGCGAGAGUUCCUACACAAAGGCCUGUGUGUGUCCCUCUCCACUGACGACCCUAUGCAAUUCCACUACACCAAGGAGGCUUUAAUGGAGGAGUAUGCUAUUGCAGCACAACUGUGGAAGUUGAGCACGUGUGACGUGUGUGAGAUCGCCAGGAAUAGCGUCCUUCAGAGUGGCCUUUCCCAUGAGGAGAAAAAGUACUUCCUUGGGGUCAAUUACCUGAAAGACGGGCCAGAGGGGAAUGACAUUCGGCGGACAAAUGUAGCCCAGAUCCGCAUGGCCUACAGACACGAUACAAUGUGUAAUGAACUCAGCUUCCUCGUAGAUGCUGUAAAGUCAGAGGUCGUUGGGUCUCAGUAGCUGUCCAAUACGUCUCUGCUAAGCCCUCUGUGCCCAUAUACUGUACAUGCAUGGUUGCUAUUUUUAUAUAUAGUUGGAAUUAAUGCACAGGGAUCCAAAUGUAAUGUUUAUUAUCUAGUCUUGCUCCGCUUCUCAUGUUUCUAAUACCCAGCCUUCUCGUAAACACCGCUGUCUGCCUAUGCAAUGACUUGAAAUGGGCGUUUCAAAGAGGGUUUGGCAUACUUGACAUUACAUUACAUGGGCAGUGUCUCCCCCCUGUGGAGAUUAAAGAAGUACAUCCUCAAUACAUGAAUAUGUGCAAUUGGAAAUAGCCUAGUUGUCAGGCAGACACUGAGAUGCUUCUGUGGCAAAAAAUUGUCCCCUGCUCUGCAAAACCAAAUAUAUAUAUAUAUAUAUACUACUGCAGUUAAUUUCCUGUAAAUUCUCCACUGUCCUGUCAGUAAUAGAAACAUGUAAUUAAAGGUACACUAUGUAACUUUUUUUUGUUACGGAUUAGCAAAAUUUAAAUAAUGAGUCAAUACAUCAUCAGUCCUUCUUCCAAAAUGUGUUUUUGUCUUACCCUGAUUCACUAGAUCAGGCAUGAUGUUUUUCAUGGGAAAUUGCACAUAUAUGUCACUUGCCUGUGCAUGUGUUAUCAUAUACAUAAAUAGAGAAAUUUUUCUACGGUUACUUUGAGUGGCAUAGGUUAGUAAGUGGGAAAGGUUGACAUGGAGCCGCUGAAUCUCGAUCCUCUGGGAAUCACCCGUUUUAAAAACGCCGCACAGAGGAGAGUCUGCUUACAAAAAGAGACAUGACAGAGCUUGUAAUAAAACAAGAAUCAACAUUGGCUUGGCUUUUAAGUGAUGGUGGGAACUGAAAGAUUUGAAAUGUUGUAAAAGUGACACAGAGAUGGCGUUUUUAUUACUCGACAGGUACGAUAAUUUAUUGAACAAGCAGAGUUCAUUGUGAAGUAUUAUGCAUCCGCAGUGACACAGAGCCAAAGCACAACCGAAACAAUGUUCUUCUGCAAAAUGCAUGCAGUUUUUUUUUCAAAAGUUACAUAGUGUACCUUUGAAUGAAAAAAAAAAACAUCACACAUGGUUGUCAUUUUAAUUAAUGCAGCAAAUAAUGUUUGUAAAGAGCGAAACAUAAUGCACUGUUUGAGUUCACUUCUUUUGAGAAUAUUUUUUAAUGUGUGAAACACUGUUUAGUUUUAUUUAAUGCAGUGCCUGUAGUGUAUGUUUUCUGAGGCCAGCAUAUUUCUUUCUUUUAAUUAACUUAGAUCAAUAUGCAGAUGUAACCCACAGUUAAAAAUAUAUAUUUUUUUCUUUUUAUGUUUCAAUUUUAUAAAUCGCUACAAAAUUAUUUAGUAAAUAAUUACUACAGUAUUUUGUGUGUGCUUUUCAUUUGUUCUACUUUUUAUGUAAUGUUUUUUUUUUUCCAUUAUAAGAGUAUAUAUAUAUAUAUAUAUAUAUAUAAAAAAUAUAUAUGCACGGCACACGUGUGUAAAUACAUAAGAAACAACAAUAGAAUGUCUUUAAAAACCCUCUUUUGUGCACAACUAUUUCCUUUCACCAUGGUUUCAUAUCAAGUAUAAUUUCAAGUUGAUAGUUUAACAGUUGAUCCCAAGCCUCCAUUACUAAUUCUAAAACGUCACUUUAGAGCUAGUAACGAAGAAACAUUGAGUUGCUUCAUUGAAUCUUAUUGUAUUAUUAUUAGUGUAUUACCUGCAUCUGAUAUAGCAUUCAUUCUUCAGGUCGAUGUCCAUAAUAUUAUAUCCAUUAUAAAAAAUCUGUUUGAAUGUC